AUGUCCGAGCAACUCAUCCAGAGCGGCAACGGCGUCGCCCCCGAGCCGACGCCAUCGACCAAGGAGACCCUCGACGCCGAGCAGCGCGAGGAGACUCUGAAAAAGCAGGUGUCACAGCAGCAACCCACCAGCGGCGAGGGCGCCCAUACCCUCGCGACCCUGCCCAAGUCAUGGCGCUUCACCUCGCAGCUCCCGCCUGACCCGCUCUUCCCCACGCCCGCCGACUCGCACCGGACCCCGCGGGACCAGAUCACGCCCAGGCAGGUCCGCGGCGGGCUCUUUACCUGGGUGCGGCCCCAGCCCCAGGAGGACCCGGAGCUCCUCGCCGUCUCCCCCGCCGCCCUGCGUGACCUGGACAUCACGCCCUCCGAGGCCACCACCGACGGCUUCCGCCAGUGGGCCGCGGGCAAUGUGCUCCUCGGGUGGGACGAGGAGCGGCUCACCGGCGGCUACCCCUGGGCCCAGUUGUACGGCGGCUUCCAGUUCGGCCAGUGGGCCGGCCAGCUCGGCGACGGGCGCGCCAUCAGCCUGUUCGAGACGACGACCCCCGCCCCCACGGCAGCUGCCAGUGACCCCUGGGCCAAGGGCGCCGAGACGCGGUACGAGGUGCAGCUCAAGGGCGCCGGCAUGACCCCCUACAGCCGCUUCGCCGACGGCAAGGCCGUGCUGAGGAGCAGCAUCCGCGAGUUUGUGGUGAGCGAGGCGCUGAAUGCCCUCGGCAUCCCCUCAACCCGCGCGCUGGCGCUGAGCCUGCUCCCCCACAGCAGAGUGCGCCGCGAGACCUUCGAGCCGGGCGCUAUUGUCGUGCGCUUCGCCCAGAGCUGGGUGCGGCUGGGGAACUUUGACAUACUCCGGGCGAGGGGCGACAGGGACUCCAUCCGCAAGCUGGCCACGUACGUCGCCGAGGAGGUGCUUGGUGGCUGGGACAGGCUGCCGGCCAGGCUGAGCAACCCAGAGAAGCCGGCUGACGCGCCCGACCUGGAGCGCCCGCCGAGGGGCGUCGUUGGCAGAGAUGAGGUGCAGGGCCCCUCCGAGACGGCCGAGAACCGCUUCGCGAGGAUGUACCGCGAGGUUGUGCGGCGCAACGCCCUCACGGUGGCCAAGUGGCAGGCCUACGGCUUCAUGAACGGGGUCUUGAACACGGACAAUACCUCCAUCUACGGGCUCUCCAUCGACUUUGGGCCCUUCGCCUUCAUGGACAACUUCGACCCGUCCUACACGCCCAACCACGACGACCACAUGCUCCGCUACAGCUACCGCAACCAGCCCACCAUCAUCUGGUGGAACCUCGUGCGCCUGGGCGAGGCGGUCGGCGAGCUGCUCGGCGCGGGCGCCACGGUCGACACGGAAAAGUUCGUCACGCAAGGCGUGUCCGAGGGCGCCGAGGCGGACGAGCUCGUGUCGCGCGCCGAGAAGCUCAUCGACCAGGCCGGCGAGGAGUACAAGGCCGUCUUCCUGGCCGAGUACAAGCGGCUCAUGACGGCGAGGCUGGGCCUCCGGCGCUUCCAGGAGUCCGACUUCAACGACCUCUUCAGCGGCCUGCUUGACACGAUGGAGGCCCUGGAGCUCGACUUCCACCACACCUUCCGCCGGCUCAGCUGCAUCGGGAUCGCGGGCCUGGCCAACGCGGACCUGAGGGCGGAGGCGGCGCGUGUCUUCUUCCACAAGGAAGGGGUCAGCGCCGCGGGGGUCUCGGAGGACGACGCCCGGCAGCGCGUGGCCAAGUGGCUAGACAAGUGGCGGGCGCGGAUCGUCGAGGACUGGGGCGUGGAGAGCCAGGAUGGGGAGCGCGUGGUCGAGCCGGCCAAGGACGAGGAGAGGAUGGCCGCGAUGAAGAAGGUCAACCCGAACUUUAUCCCGCGCAGCUCCGUCCUAGACGAGAUCAUUCAGAGGGUGGAAAAAGGCGGAGAGCGUGAUGUCCUGCGACGGGUCAUGCAAAUGGCGCUGAAUCCGUUCGAGGAACAGUGGGACGGCGAGGAGUUUGAUGGGACUGUGUACAAGGGUGACCGGGAAGAAGAAGUACGCUGGACGGGCGAUGUGCCCAGGUUCCAACGAGCGAUGCAGUGUAGCUGCAGCUCAUAA